AUGGAAAAACAUAACAAGGCUAUGAAGCUUGCCGAAGCUAGUUUUGAGGAGAUAUCAACUUCUGUGGAAAUGGAAGAUCUAGGUGAUAUAGAAUCAGGUUGCGAGUAGUUGUGCGAGCUGUUAAAGAAGCUUGAUCUUUCCAUUUAGAAAGCAAAGGAAUCAAAUGUUAGAAACAGAACAAACUGUUUCUCAUAUACUAGACUGGUCCAACGGGGUAAAAACAAAAUCGAAAAAGUUUCGGGAUUUGAAAUCAAAAUUAAAAGAGCCGUUAGCAAAGAUACAAGUGGAUCGAGACGAGCAAUCUUGAAGAAGGAAAUAGAAAAACAACACGCUAUAAAUGAGGAGAAUGAAAGAGCUCGAAGACGUGAAAAGGAUGAGAUGGAAGAACUGGCAGUUCGAUGGAUCCCAAGAGAGUUGGAAUGGCUUUUGCGCAAGCUGGAAAUCGAGAAAGAAGCCAAGAAACAAUUGCAGGAGAACACUUGGCCAACAACUGCUACUCAGAUUGUGAAACUUCAAAAGUAUACAAUUACUCCAUUCACAGGAGAUUUCAUAGACUGGACACGGUUUUUGAAUCAAUUUUCGGUCGAAUUAGAUAACUCGAGCAUAUCAGAAAUUAGCAAGUUCAACUACCUUCUUGAACUAACGAAAGAGAAACCGCGUGAGGAAAUUUUGGGUUUGCCACACACUAGUGAUGGCUACAUCGAAGCAAAGUGA